UCGUUUCAGUUGAGAAGAUGAUAAAAAGCACAAAUUUGUUAAGAGACUCAACCUUUAAUUUGCAUGCUUUGUUUGUAUAGUCAUAAUAAAUGAUGAGAUUUAGUAGCACAAGUGAAUUGGUGCGUUAGAUUAACUCCUAAGCUUCGUAAAAAGAUCGCUUAUCGUGCUAAAUGAAUAAGUUUGAAAUGAAUGAACCUGAAGAACUGGUAUGAUCAGCUCAUUAUAUUCUUUUUUUAAUUUAACUUUUGAAGAAAUUUAUGUUCUUUAAUAACUUGUUAAACAGCAGUUAAAAUUUAGACUUUUAUUAAUGGAUUUGGUUAAAUGUUAUCUUUAAGAAAACCGCAAUUUAAGGACAUUAAAACAGAACUUAUGACUAAUUUAGCUUAAUUUAAGUUGAAUAAUAUUUUGUCAGAUUCAAUUAAGUUCUCCAUCUUUCAACUGAAAAAUUAAUUAAAACAGUAGUUAAUGAUCACACAUUUUACUCUUUCCAUCCAUUAUAUAAGAACAAAUUAACCAAGAAACAGAGAAAAAAAAAAUAAUAAAAAAGAAGAUUAUAUUGGAAUCUCAAUGCAGGUGGAAAGAGUACAAGGCAUUGCCUCUACCUUCAGAGACAACAUCCCUGAAGCAUAUAUUAGAUCGGAACAGGAGCAGCCUGCACUCACCACCGUACAUGGGCUCGACCCUGGCGUACAGGUGAUCGAUAUGAGCGACCCAGAUCAAGAAAAGGUACAUGGUUUGAUCAUCAAUGCCAGCCAGGAGUGGGGAAUGUUUCAGAUUAUCAACCAUGGCAUACCUAGUGAAGUUAUAAUGAAAUUACAGAAUGUGGGUAAGGAGUUUUUUGAGCUUCCGCAAGAAGAGAGAGAAGUUUAUGCUAAACCACCUGGGUCUAAGGAAGGCUAUGGAACAUUUCUUCAAAAAGAAAUGGAGGGCAAGAAAGGCUGGGUUGAUCAUUUGUUCCAUAAGAUAUGGCCUCCUUCUUCAAUCAACUACCAGUUUUGGCCUAAAAAUCCACCUUCUUACAGGGAGGCCAACAAGGACUAUGCAAAACACCUGAAUAGAGUGGCAGAUAAACUAUUGAAGACCUUGUCGUUAGGGUUAGGGCUUAAAGAGCAUGAACUAAAGGAGGCUAUGGGCGGAGAGAACUUGCAAUACCUUCUGAAAAUAAACUACUAUCCACCUUGUCCACGACCAGAUUUGGCUCUUGGGGUGGUGGCUCAUACUGACAUGUCCUCUCUCACCAUUCUUGUACCCAACGAUGUGCAGGGCCUCCAGGCCUCUAGAGAUGGAAAAUGGUAUGGUGUUAAGUAUAUCCCAAAUGCCCUAGUCAUCCAUAUUGGUGACCAGCUUGAGAUUUUAAGCAAUGGAAAGUACAAGAGUGUGCUUCACAGAACCACAGUGAACAAAGAAAAGGCAAGAAUGUCAUGGCCAGUGUUCCUAGAGCCUCCAUCGGAGUUCACUAUAGGUCCUCACCCUAAGCUCGUUAAUGGAGAGAAUCCAGCAAAGUACAAGUCCAAAAAGUUCGAUGAUUAUUGUUAUUGCAAACUUAACAAGAGUCCACAGUAGUAGAUACUGAUAAAGCUCAAAAUUAGUAAUUAUACAUCUCAUUACUUUGCUGAGAAAAAUAUGAUGUUGCUAUAUUUGGGAUGUCUAAACAAUCUCUCCACCAUGCAAGCAAUAGAUUGAGUUGCCACUGGGCGUCUAA